AUGUAUGAGUUGAAGUGCGCAGAUUCCUCUAUACGCCUUGCUGGGAUUAGAGAGAUACUGGAUUCAAAACCUGAUGAGCUGAACGAUUUUUAUGAGCGUUUGUUAGGGAAGGUUGAGAGCAGGCACCUCCAUAAAGCAGAAGCCAUGAUUCGUUGGGUACAUUUUGCAAAGAGGCCAUUAAGUCUUGAAGAAUUUCAAUAUGCUAUCGUGAUCCACACCGAUGAGCACCAGUUUUCUUCAAUGGAAAAACUAGAAGCUUCAAUGUCACCCUCCCAGAUGACCAUGGAAUCUUUCCAAGUAUCCUCAGGAGGACUAUUGGAAAUAAUGCCCAAAAGUCAUGGCGGCGGCUCCCGGCCUCGUUCAAAUCAUUCACCAGUCUGCAAGGGAAUUUCUCAUUAG